AUGCCAGUUCUGGCGCUGGACGCAAGCCUGGAGUCCCCGGUCUCCAAGGUGGUCCAGAUGCUGGGCGCCAUGUCCGAGAAGGGCAAGGCGGAGCUACAGGAGGAGAAGGUGCAGCACGCUAGGUACGCCCAGUGGUGCGAGAGCACCUCAAAGGAGAAGACGACGGCCAUCCAGGCGGCCGCAGACAAGGCGGAGGUUCUGGCCGCCGACAUCUCCAAGGCGCAAACGGACGCGGAGGUGCUGGCCAAGGAGAUCGAGGAGGGCAGCGCGGAGGUGGAGAAGCUGUCCUCCGAACAGGCCAAGGCCAUCCAGGUCCGGGAGGAAGAAGCGGGCACCUACGCCGCGGAGCUCAAGGACUACACGGAGUCGGUGAGCGCCAUCGGCCGGGCACUGGAGACCCUCGGCAAGCAGGACUACAGCCGGCCGCAGGCGGAGGCUCUGCUUCAGCUGGCCUCCAGCCUGAGCGCCUCCAAGGCCGAGCAGGUGCGAGCGCUGGCUGAGAAGCCGAAGGUCGCCGGAUACGAGUUCCAGUCCAGCAAUGUCACCAACAUGCUCAAAGACCUCCAGACCAAGUUUGUGGAGGAGAAGCGAGCCCUGGAGAAGGCGGAGAUGUAG